CAGUUCCCUCGCUUUCUAUAUCCAGACGGUCGAGAGUACGACAAAAAUAACUUGGAGGAUGGUCUAUUCGGAGGGCACGUCAUGAUACGGUGCGCGAAGCACUUACUUGUUGGCCCUGCAUCAGCGCUUCGACCCACUGGGUAUAAGAAGGGUCGUGCCGGGAACGCAAAGGUUAUGGGAGUCAAUAGCAUCACGCCUCGAAUCAUUGCAUAUAUUGCUGUACAGGUUGGGUUUGCAUUGUCAGAUGUCCAAGAAUGGAACCAGCUUGACCACGACUUCAAUUACCAAUCAUUUUUCUGGAAUAUAUUGACAUUAUUCGAAGAU